AUGGGCGGCUCGGAUGACACUGCCAUCUCGCUUCCUGACGUGACACGGCGCGAAUUUGACUGCUUGCUUGACUUCCUUUACAACCGAGUGUUUGAUGAUAAUGAUGCUGUGUCGCUCGAGGAAUGGACUACCCUCCUCGAUGUGUCAACGCGGCUGCGAUUCUCCAAGAUCCGCACUCGCGCUAUCCGCGAGAUCACUGCUCAGCGCCAGUCGUUGAGCGCGGUGGAGAUUAUCGUACUCGCGAUUAGACACGAUGUCCCGGGCUGGUUGGCACAGGCAUACGCAGACCUGUGCCGUCGCCCGUACCCUCUGGACGAGCUCGAGGCGGAGCGAUUGGGCGCGCGCAUCACUGCUCGCGUCGGUCGUGCACGCGAGAAUAUACUCGAGGAGACCUAUCGCACGACCUGGCAAAAGCGGUACGGCAGCCGGUACACUCCCCCGGAUGCGCCGGACGAGGAGUUGAUCUCCAGGGUGGUGAAUGAUGUGUUCUGGCCCGGGGAUGCAUCGCAUUCUACAAUGUAA